AUGUUGAUUCCUCGACACAUCAUUAUUGGUUCAAAAUAUGGCAACAGGGUGACGGUCAAGCAAAUCGCACGUUACUUGACUGGUCCAGGAAAUAUAGCCAAGCCUCGUUCGCGGCUGGCAUUCGCAUUUGACAUCGAUGGUGUUCUCCUUCGUGGAAAGAAUCCUCUGCCUGCUGCUAAAGAAGCGCUAUCCAUCCUUGAUGGCAACAAUAAACUCGGCCUCAAGAUACCUUUUAUUCUGCUCACCAACGGCGGUGGUGUAAGCGAAGAAGAACGGUGUCACAAGUUGAGCUCGCAGCUUGGCGUACAGAUUCAUCCCGACCAAUUUAUACAGGCUCACACUGUUCUGAAGUCUAUUGUGCACAGCUACGCUGACGUGCCAGUCUUGGUUCUUGGAGGCAAGGGUGAUAUCCUUCGGAGAGUCGCGGAAGGAUAUGGCUUCCAGAAAGUUUAUACUACCUUCGAUAUUCUCGCUUGGCAUCCAUCGAUAUGGCCUUUCCACGACCUCACACAAGAGGAAAGAGCAUCUGUUAGGCCUACUGACUUCUCAAAGAUCCCAUUUGGCGCAAUCUUUGUCUUCCAUGAUCCUAGAAACUGGGCUCUCGAUAUCCAAAUCAUGUGCGAUGUAAUCCAGGGUAUCAUCGGGGGAUCUCAUGAAACUAAUCAUGCACGAAAACCUGUCGACCUAGUAUUUUGCAAUCCUGAUUUGAUAUGGCAGUCGGAUUUUGAAGCUCCUCGUAUGGGCCAAGGAGCAUUUAGAGUUGCAUUCCAGGCUGUUUUCCAGUCAUUGACAGGGUCCACCUAUCCCUACAUCCAAUUUGGCAAACCAACCGAGGCUACGUACAAUUUUGCAGAGAUAAUGCUCAAGCAUCGCUUACAGACUAAUGACCGCGCAACGUGCUAUACAGAUAACCCCGAAUCUGAUAUAGCAGGUGCCAACGCUGCAGGGUGGAAAUCAAUCCUAGUUCACACGGGCGUAUAUGAUCCCCAUCGUGGACCUCCAAGUCAUCAGCCCACUCACCAAGCAGAGGAUGUCGCGGAGGCAGUUCGUUGGGCGUUAGAACAAGAAUUCUGCUUAUAG